CAAGGCACCUGGCACCCCUAAAGCGGGUGCAUGUUUGUUUACAUUUUGCAGCAGCUGGUUCCGUUUGCAUUUAAUAUCAGUGAAUUUAAUAAAUAGUUUUUAGUGAAGUUAAAGGUUUCAAAUGUUAAAUAAGUAUGGAAACGAAGCCCCAGUUGAAGAGCCGCAAAGACUGGAGGAAGCUGUUCAAAAAACUUCGCCGAAAGCGAAUCCGGAAGAAACUGGCCGCGGGGAGGGACCGGUUGGAGCAGGAAGCGGAAUCCCGUAAAAUGAAAAACCCUGAAUACCGAGCUUAUUUGGAGGAACUGGAGCGGCUUGAGGAACAACGGAAACAGCAAGAGCAGGAACGUUCCCGCUUCGAAAACGCUCUCUGGGUAGAUCGGGAAAGAACAUUUCAGCUUGAGUUUGCCGAGAAGAAGAAACGGUUGGAGGAGGCUGACAAAGUUGAACAGGAAAAAAGAGAAAGAAUAAAGCAGCAGUUUGAGGAGCGUCAGCGGAAAAUCAAACAGGCCAAGGAAGAAAAUGAAAAGCAACUGGAGGAACUUCGCAGAUUGCAACGUGAACGGGACCGGCUAAUGGAAGAAUUUGCUGCUGGCAUUCUUGAUCACGAAACUGGUCUAUCUGUGUUGAGUCACACACGUCCGGGUGCAAAUACCUGCUCGUUUUUCACAAAAGUGGGUGCAUGUAGACAUGGAGUAAGGUGUACUUCCGAUCAUCAAACUCCCGGAUUGAGUGAAAUCAUUUUUAUUCCCAACUUUUUCGUACAUCCGGCUUUGGAUGAACGGCAGCAUCCCGAAUAUGGCCAGGAUGGUGGCAUCGAGUUCGACGAAGAAGAGAUAAACCAAAGUUUUAGGGAAUUUUUCAAAGAUAUCGUCGAUGAGUUUGAAACAUUUGGACCAAUCAAAGGUGUAUUUGUUUCUAGAAACUAUUUACCGCAUUUAAGAGGAAGUUGCUACAUAGAAUAUCAAACUAAAAGGAGUGCAGCUCAAGCUUAUCAAAGGAUGAAUGGACGUUUUUACGCAUCCAGGCAAUUGCGAGUGGAGUUCAGAUCAUCAAUAUCCUGGUGCCAUGCUGUUUGCGGGCUGAACAUCCAAUCGCGUUGUCCGAAAGGACGAAACUGCAACUACCUUCACCUGUUCGUUAAUCCACGCGGUCGUUAUCGGUACGAUCAUCAAAGGGAACUUAGAUCGUCCCGUACGGUUUCUCAACGAUGCUCUCAACGAAGUCAACUUUCGGAGAAAAGCUGGGAUGACAUCGAUAUACCGAGGAAAGAGCGCAGGAAUUGGCGUUGGUCCGAAACGCCGGAAGUCGAGAUACCCAUGAGUCGAAGCAGUAGAUCACGCUCUAAAUCACGGAAUCAAUCGACUGUCGAGGAUCGAAGGCACAGAGAAAGGUCGCGGAGUCGAGAUUCUUACAGGAGUCAGUCUGGUAGAAGCAGUCAUAUGCAUUCAGAUUGCAGUGACAGGAGAAGCUCUCGAGAUCAUUCACCGAGACGACGAUCUAGAGAAAGGGAGAGAAGACCUCGUAGAAGUAGGACACCUAAACGUAAAAAGAAGAAACGGUCCCGGUCUCGGAGUCGAAGUCGAACUCCUGUACUGAAGAAGAAGAAAAGUAAAAGGUAUAAAAGUGAAGAAACAAGAUCAAAAUCGGAAAGAAUCGAAUGA